AAACAAAUCAGUCUCAGGUCGAACAUUGGAACCUCGCUCCGAACACAUCAUACACUGUUUCAUAGAGCUACAGGAAGACAGGAGAGGGAACAGCAGGCAGCGGCAAGUCCUUUUGACCAUAACAGUGUUGGUGAUCUCAAGCUUCAAUUCAAGUUCCCAGCCUUGAGAACCUGCUACCCACGCCCAUCCCGAUAUACUUGAAAUCUUUCUCCAUGCUCCAAGUCCCUCUGAGAGAAUCUGAAAUGGCUUCUACGAAGGCCGUCAUCCUUGUUGGCGGACCUUCGAGAGGCACCAGGUUUAGACCUUUAUCACUUGAUGUUCCAAAGCCCUUAUUUGAAGUCGCCGGUCAUCCCAUCAUCUGGCACUGCCUGAGAGCUGUUGCCAAGGUCCCCGGUAUUCGAGAAGUUAUUCUUGUAGGGUACUACGACGAAACCGUUUUCCGGGAUUUCAUCAAAGACUCCGCCAAAGAAUUCCCCCAGUUCCGUAUCCAAUAUCUUCGGGAAUAUCAGGCCUUGGGUACCGCAGGAGGUCUCUACCACUUCCGCGAUGCCAUAUUGAAGGGCAACCCUGAUCGCUUUUUCGUCCUCAAUGCAGAUGUCUGCUGCUCAUUCCCGCUGGGGGAGAUGCUCAAGCUAUUCGAAGAAAAGGAUGCGGAAGCUGUUAUAUUGGGAACUCGAGUGAGCAAUGAUACUGCCACCAACUUUGGCUGCAUCGUGUCCGACAGCCAUUCCAAGCGUGUAUUACACUACGUAGAAAAACCGGAGUCCCAUAUCUCCAACCUAAUCAACUGCGGUGUCUACCUCUUCACCACUGAAUGCAUCUUCCCUUCCAUCCGCAGUGCAAUCAAGCGACGUACCGCGCGGCCCCGCCUCCUUUCCUACCCAUCUUCCGACAAUCUCGAAUCCUACCAUAUCGUCAACCAGGAUGAAGAGGGCGAAAAACCUGAAGUCCUCCGGCUCGAACAAGACAUCCUAUCCGACCUUGCAGAUAGCAACCGCUUCUUCGUGCACGAGACCAAAGAUUUCUGGCGCCAAAUUAAAACCGCCGGCUCCGCCGUGCCUGCUAAUGCUCUCUACCUACAAAAAGCGUUCCAGUCACAAUCUGAAGAAAUCGCCCCACCCUCUGCGAACAUUGUACCUCCAGUUUACAUUCACCCAACGGCCACCGUCGACCCAUCCGCUAAACUGGGGCCCAAUGUUUCGAUUGGAGCUCGCGCAGUCAUUGGUGCUGGUGUCCGCAUCAAGGAAUCUAUCGUCCUCGAAGAUGUAGAGAUCAAACACGACGCAUGUGUCCUGUACUCGAUAAUCGGGUGGAGCAGUCGGGUGGGCGCGUGGGCACGGGUGGAAGGCACGCCAAUACCUGCCGGGAGCCAUUCGACAACGAUCAUCAAAAAUGGUGUAAAGGUUCAGAGCAUUACGAUUUUGGGUAAGGAGUGUGGAGUUGGGGAUGAGGUCCGGGUGCAGAAUUGUGUCUGCUUGCCAUAUAAGGAGUUGAAAAGGGAUGUCGCGAAUGAGGUCAUCAUGUAGAGUGAUCUAACCAGUGCAAUUUCUGAUCUUGUCAUCUAUGUCCUGUUUUUUACGGCCGUCCAUAUAUUUCCUCUCCGUUCUAGAUAAAUAUUUUUGAGCCAGCGUGGAGACAUGCGAGAGGUUUCUUUUUUCGUUUUUCUCCUUUAUUGAAUGAGAUAUGUUUUUCGUUCUAUCA